CUACAGCUUUCUGAUGGUUUUGCACUGCGCUGGUGUGUUGUAUGCUGUCUAGUAUUUUCCACUGGAUAGCAGGUUUGGCACUAUUUUUAUUUACGGUCCACUAUCUGUACUACAUCGUGACCGCGUUACGCAGCCCGUCCAGUAGCGGCGGUGGCCACCAGAUGCAAUCCGAGGACGCAAAGUACAUCAAAAAGCGAUGGAAGGGCGGAACAAUCGAGCCUCACCCAACGGAAAAGGCUCUCAUAGUCAACUACAAACUGGAGGCGGCCGUUUUCGGGGAACCCGGUGAUCCGAUGCUAGAGGACAAGAAGGACUGUCAGCGUAUAAUUCGGCUCAAAUCGUUGAACGCGAAAACUGACCCGGCCGUGCUAGCCCGGGAGGUAGUGGAAAAGUGUGACCUGAUUCAUAAAUCGCAACUCUCGGAUAUCGAACAGAUAAUCUACUACUUGAAGAAUCGUAAAAAUGUGGAAGCUCCUUCUACCGCGGGGAGCGCGACAGGAAUCGGUGGUGGAUGUAACGGUCAACGUGUGACAUCUCGUACUUCCGGUAAGGUUAGUCCGCACGAAACGGAGAAAGCGUCGAUUCGGAAUAUCGAUGAAUAUAUCGAACUGCUGUACGAAGAUUUACCGGAGAAGAUCAAAGGAUCACGGUUGAUUUUGCAGUUGGCUCGCGAUCCGGACAACCUAGGCGAGCUGGAAAAGAAUGAGGCUGUAUUGAGUGCGCUCUCGCGUGUCCUCCGAGAGGACUGGCGGCGCUCGUUGGAUCUAUCCACAAACAUAAUAUACAUAUUCUUCUGUUUUUCAACCUAUACUAACUUCCACUCGGUGAUUGUAAAUUAUAAGAUCGGUUCGCUCUGCAUGGACGUAAUUGACUACGAACUGCGCCGGUACGAGCAAAUGAAAAGCGACUUGGACGCUCGGAAGGGAGUCGUCGGCAACGAGAAGGGGAAAGAAAAGGAGAAAGAGGUCAACAAAAGUGCCGAGUAUUUGGACACCAUCGUGGACCAGGAGAAACCCAAAGAGAUGGAACCGCCGCGUCGAAGAAUACCGGAACUAAAGCAACGACCAAAGUCGGGAAAUUGGUCCAGCUAUCAUGGAAGCAUGAGUUCUUCGCUGGUAAAGGCGCACAACAUGAACAACAGCUACCACGAACAGCUCUCCAAAGAGACUACGGCUUCCAACGAUAGUCUGAAUAAUCAGUCACCGGAAAGCGAAAAACUGGACCCGAAGAAGCAGAAAGAUGACUACGAUAAGAUUAACAAACAGUUUAAGAUUUUCGCCAAGAAACAAGAGCAACUACUGAGGGUAGCAUUCUAUCUACUACUGAACAUUGCGGAAAACGUAAAACUAGAGGAAAAGAUGCGCAAGAAGAACAUUGUGAAAAUGUUACUGAAAGCAUUGGAACGGCAAAACUUCGACCUUCUAGUGCUGGUCGUUACAUUUCUCAAGAAACUUUCGAUUGUUCGCGAUAACAAAGACGAAAUGAACGAACUGAAUAUCGUGGAGAAACUACCACGCCUUUUGCAGUCGCAAAAGGAUCUGGUUCAGGUAACGCUCAAACUUCUCUUCAAUUUGUCGUUCGAUGCCCGACUGCGCGCAAAAAUGAUACGGGUUGGCUUUCUGCCCAAACUGGUGACGUUCCUAAGCGACGACAAGCACCACGAAAUAGUGACGAAAAUCCUGUACCACAUGAGUCUAGACGAUAAGAUCAAAUCGAUGUUUACCUACACGGACUGCGUCCCGGUCGUGACGGACAUGCUUCUGUUAAAUUUGAACCAGAAAUCCGACCCCGAUCUGAUUGCGCUGGGGAUCAACCUGGCGCUGAACAAACGAAACGCGGCUAUGAUGAUCGAGAACAAUCGGCUGCACAAUUUAAUGCUGCGGGCUUUCAAGUAUCAGGACACGCUGAUGAUGAAGAUGGUGCGGAACAUUUCGCUGCACGAAUCUUUGAGGAUGCACUUUGUGGAUUUUGUUGGUGACCUGGCGAAGAUACUGACAGAGUGUGAUGACGAAGAAUUUACGGUGGAAUGCUUGGGGACUUUGGGCAAUCUGGCACUGCCUGAUCUGGAUUAUUCGCAAAUAAUUCACAAUUUCAAUUUGAUUCCUCUCAUCAGGAAUAUGCUAGUACCAGGUAAAUACAAAGAUGACCUAGUGCUCGAGACGGUCGUCUUUCUCGGUACGUGCGCCUCGGACGAAUCCUGCGCUAUGCUGCUCUGUAAAGCGGACGUGAUUCUAUCGUUGAUCGAGCUGCUGAAGGCGAAACAAGAGGACGACGAGAUGGUUCUGCAGAUUGUGUUCGUCUUCCAGCAGGUGCUGCGCAACGAGAGCACCCGGGUGUACAUGAUCAAGGAGACGGAAUCGCCGGCCUACCUGAUUGAUCUGAUGCACGACAAGAAUGCCGAGAUUCGAAAGGUGUGCGAUUUUUGUCUGGACAUCAUUGCCAUCACCGAUAGCGAGUGGGCUUCGCGGAUAAAGUUGGAAAAAUUUCGCAAUCACAACUCCCAGUGGUUAAGCAUGGUCGAAACGCAGGAGGAAACGGACGACAUUCAGGACUACGGUCCAAUGGAUGACGACGAUGGCGAUUUGCCGGGGUAUCUGACGGCCGACUAUUUGGAUCAGUGCAUGCUGUAUCAGUCGGGUGAAUCCAAUGACGAUGGCGAAGUCAACAAUAGGUCCACGUCGGCGAUGUCCAACUACAGCAGGCCCGUGAGUCGCUACAGUCGGGAUCUCGAGGAUUUUGAAGUGAUUUCUUAGGUACGGAAACCAAAGAGUUUAACUGUUGAAUCAGUUAAAAUUUCAUCGCGCAUUUUGAAACAUUUGAUUGUAAAUAAGAAUACUCCUACACAAGUAAAUAGAUUGUAAGAACACAAUGACAAUUACAAGAUACAUUACUACUAUAGAUAUGCUACUAAUACAAACUCAAAAGGAUAAUUGAAAUUGCUGGCUGCUACUGAAUGUGCUUUUUCGCAAAGAAGAUAGGCUAAUAUUAAAUUAUACAGAGGGGUUUUAAACAAAACAAUCGCUUAGAUGCAGAUAUUUACGGUAACGAAUGAAUAACCUAAUGAAACGCUUUGACGUUUUGCUUUUCAAAACCCGAACUAUGUGAGCCAUAGCAAACAUCGCCAUUUUUAGGGAGUCAAUUAAGGCCAACAGUGGCGAUUGUACGAACCUUGAAGGUACCCGGUCCGUUGGUUUUGGGUACUCACAAGGGGAUCAUUUUUUGUCGAAAGCAGUCACAAGAAAACCAUACGACGCAAAAGUGCAUUCCUCGCCGUCGUCAACCCGGAUAGACACGCAUCUGCUCUCAGGCCGAACAAAAAAAAAGCGCUUCAUCACAACUAUUGUUACUACAACUAAUAAUACUUUUAUUGGGUCGAUGCACUCGCGACUAUGACCUUAACAUAGAUAUUUAGGGAAAGAACAGAGAGGGCUUUAUCCAAAACUUCUAGUCUUCUUUCAUUUGUGAUAAUAUGGGUUUAAUUUAAUUGUUUUGACAGUUUGGUUGUUAUUCUAUUUUUUUGGUAGUUUAUUUCGACUUGUGCAAUCUAGAGCUAUGAACGGUAUACAAAUGGAGGCACACUUUUCCUCACGCGUUCUUAAUUAUCCAUUUUAUGCUAUGAUUUAAACACUUGGGUGAUCAAACCGCACUGAAGCAUGAGUAUUUUAGUAUACCGAACGUAGCGCUCCUAGUUUUAAAAUUCACUUUCGUUUAGGCCUUUCGAAUAUUUUAUACCUGUUUAGUUUUUACACUACAAUAGUUACUCCAGACUUCAAAGUGCUUAAAAAGAUUGUAUUAUAGUAUUUUAACAGAUGUGUUUACUGAAUAGGAUUCAAGCGAAUUAAAAAUCCAGAGAAAGACAAAUAUCUGAUGCGUAAA